UCCCGCCCCCCGCCCCCGGCCCGCCGCCCGCGCUACCGCGCUCUGCUCCGCGGCUCGGAUUGCUACGCGGGCGCAAAAUGGAUUACAGCGACCCUCCAGGGCUCCUCCGCAGGCGGGCAGUGCCGCGACCCGGUUCAGCAGCAUGGAAAGACGUCUACGGUCCGUGCCCCCGGACUAUCCAAAGGAACCCGAAGAUCCUACACACACAGUUAAGGUCAAAAUUCAAGAAAAAACAUAAGUGUGGUGGCUCCGGCGGCGGCGAGCGGCCCAGGCCAGGACGUGAGGCGCGGGGCCGCGGUCGAUGUUAUUUGAGCGGGGGCCGCGGGCCUCGGCGAUCGCAGGCAGCAGGAUGCAGAAAGCCGCCUACUACGACAACGCGGGGCUCUUCGGGGGCUACACGUACAGCAAGGCCGACGCCUACCCCUACGGCGCGGCCCAGCAGCCCUACGGGCCGGCCGGCCUGGACGGCGACUACCCCGGCUCCGCCUGCUCCGUGCAGGGCUCCGCGCCCGGCCGCGCCGCGGCCCACAAGGGCGGCGAGCUCGGCGGCAGCUGCCUGCGCACGGCCGGCGGCGGCCCCGGCGGCAGCCAGCCCCCGGGCCUGGGCGAGCAGCAGCCGCCCGCCUCCCCGCCCAACCCCCCCAGCGCGCCCCCCCCGAAAAAAGCCAAGGGGGGCCCCAACGCCGCCGGCUCCGCCGCCGCCACCAUUAGCAAGCAGAUCUUCCCCUGGAUGAAGGAGUCGCGCCAGAACUCCAAGCAGAAAAGCACCUGCGCCCCCUCAGGAGAGAGCUGCGAGGACAAGAGCCCCCCCGGGCCGGCCUCCAAGCGGGUGCGCACCGCCUACACCAGCGCGCAGCUGGUGGAGCUGGAGAAGGAGUUUCACUUCAACCGCUACCUGUGCCGGCCGCGCCGCGUGGAGAUGGCCAACCUGCUCAACCUGACCGAGCGGCAGAUAAAGAUCUGGUUUCAGAACCGCCGGAUGAAGUACAAAAAAGACCAGAAAGCCAAAGGCAUCAUGCACUCCCCCGUAGGACAGUCCCCAGACCGGAGCCCCCCCCUGAGCGGCCCAAACCACGUCGGCUACUCCAGCCAGCUCCCCGGCGUCAGCGGCCUGAGCUACGACACCCCCUCGCCCACCUCCUUCGCCAAGUCCCAGCAGAGCAUGUACGGGCUGGCCGCCUACACGGCGCCGCUCAGCAGCUGCCUGCCGCAGCAGAAGCGCUACGCGGGCGCCGAGUACGAGCCGCCCGCCAUGCCGAGCGGCGGGGGCUUCGCCGGCGCCAGCCUGCAGGGCAGCCCCGUCUACGUCGGGGGCAACUUCGUGGACUCGAUGCCGGCCUCGGGGCCCGUGUUCGGCCUGGGCCACCUCCCGCACCCCUCCUCGGCCAGCGCGGACUACAGCUGCGCCGCGCAGCUCCCCGGCGGGCACCACCACGGACCGUGCGACCCCCACCCCACCUACACGGACCUCUCGUCGCACCACGCGCCCCCGGGCCGCCUCCCCGACGCGCCCAAGCUCACGCACCUGUAGCGGCCGGGCGGGCUGCGGCGGCGGCGCCCGCUUACCUCACUGCCCCGGCGCGGCGGCGCCGCCGGGUCUCGGGUGCCGGCAGCGGCAGCGGCAGCGGCAGCGGCAGCGGCAGCG